GCCGGGCCAUGCCGUGCCGGCGGGAGAUGGCGGCACGCCGAGCCGAGGCGGCUCGAGCUGAGCCCCCGGUGUCCCGGGCCGGAGCCGCCCCUGCCCGCCGCAGGAGCCGCCGCCCGGUUCCCUCCCGGUUCCCCGCGCUCCGUCCGGGCCGGCCCGGGCGGCGCUGAGCCGGUGCCGCCGCUCGCGUGGCCUCGCCGGUCCCCCCGUAGGCUGAAGGGAGCAGCACGUGGGCGGCCGAGGGACCGGCACCGAGCGCUCCGGGGCUGGGCCCUGCCGGGAUGCCGGGUCCGGUUCUGCCCGGAGCAGCCCUGCGAUGCUCGGAACCAGCGGAGUUUUAAAAGCGGCUCGGCAGAGCCGAUGUUUGUUCUUGCCCCUCCAGUCUCCUGGAUGUUCUUGGAGAAGUUUAGAGCGAGAGGAGGUGCUGUGUUGGAAGGUGGAAAGUUCUAGGUGCUUGUUUUUCUGCUAAUAUCCAGCCUAACCCUGCCCUGGCACAGCUCCAGCUGUUCUUCGGGUCACAGGGAGCAGAAUUUGGAGCUGUUCGUUUUGGAAGUGGCUCACUGCUCAGAUUGCACGGAUAUCGAGAGUGCUGAGGGCCCAGUUUGGGGGAGCCAUGGAGGAGCCUCCUGCAGGCAGCCAGGCCGCGGACGCCGGCGCUCACUCGCGCUUCAUCAUCGGCUCCGUGUCCGAGGACAACUCGGAGGACGAGAGCAGCUCCCUGGUCAAGCUGGACCUGCUGGAGGAGAAGGAGAGGUCUCUGUCCCCUGCCUCUGUGUGCUCUGACUCCCUCUCGGACCUGGGGCUCCCCAACGCUCAGGAUGGCCCAGCCAGCCACAUGAGGCCCAGCAUGUCUGGUCUGCACCUUGUCAAGCAAGGCCGGGACAGGAAGAAGGUGGAUGUGCAGCGAGACUUCACCGUGGCUUCCCCAGCAGAGUUUGUGACUCGUUUUGGAGGCAACAAAGUGAUUGAAAAGGUCCUGAUAGCCAACAAUGGCAUUGCAGCAGUGAAGUGCAUGAGGUCCAUCCGGCGCUGGUCCUACGAGAUGUUCAGGAACGAGAGGGCCAUCAGGUUCGUGGUCAUGGUCACCCCUGAGGACCUGAAAGCCAAUGCAGAGUACAUUAAAAUGGCAGAUCACUACGUGCCCGUCCCGGGAGGACCCAACAACAACAACUAUGCAAACGUGGAGCUCAUCCUGGACAUUGCCAAGAGGAUCCCAGUGCAGGCCGUGUGGGCUGGCUGGGGCCAUGCAUCAGAGAACCCCAAACUGCCAGAACUGCUCCACAAAAACGGGAUUGCUUUCAUGGGUCCUCCCAGCCAAGCCAUGUGGGCCUUAGGAGAUAAAAUUGCUUCUUCCAUCGUGGCUCAGACUGCUGGCAUUCCAACUCUUCCUUGGAGUGGCAGUGGGCUGCGAGUGGACUGGCAGGAGAACGACCUGCAGAAGCGCAUCCUGAGCGUCCCCCAGGAGCUCUACGAGAAGGGCUACGUCAAGGACGCCGACGACGGCCUCAGGGCUGCUGAGGAGGUUGGCUACCCUGUCAUGAUCAAGGCCUCUGAAGGAGGAGGAGGAAAAGGAAUCAGGAAGGUGAACAAUGCCGAUGACUUCCCCAAUCUGUUCAGACAGGUCCAAACCGAGGUGCCAGGCUCUCCCAUCUUUGUGAUGAGGCUGGCCAAGCAGUCCAGGCACCUGGAGGUGCAGAUCCUGGCAGACCAGUACGGCAACGCCAUCUCCCUCUUCGGCCGCGACUGCUCCGUGCAGCGCCGGCACCAGAAGAUCAUCGAGGAGGCUCCGGCCUCCAUUGCCACCUCGGCGGUGUUUGAGCACAUGGAGCAGUGUGCAGUGAAGCUGGCCAAGAUGGUGGGCUACGUGAGUGCAGGCACUGUGGAGUACCUGUACAGCCAGGAUGGCAGCUUCUACUUCCUGGAGCUGAACCCACGCCUGCAGGUGGAGCAUCCCUGCACCGAGAUGGUGGCAGAUGUCAACCUGCCAGCAGCACAGCUCCAGAUUGCCAUGGGGAUCCCCCUGCACAGGAUCAAGGAUAUCAGGGUGAUGUAUGGAGUCUCUCCCUGGGGGGACACAACCAUUGAUUUUGAGAACUCAGCCCACGUCCCCAGCCCCCGUGGCCACGUCAUCGCUGCCCGCAUCACCAGUGAGAAUCCUGACGAGGGGUUUAAGCCCAGCUCUGGCACGGUCCAGGAGCUGAAUUUCCGCAGCAAUAAGAACGUCUGGGGCUAUUUCAGCGUGGCUGCUGCGGGAGGGCUCCAUGAGUUUGCUGAUUCCCAGUUUGGUCACUGCUUCUCCUGGGGGGAGAACCGUGAAGAAGCCAUCUCAAACAUGGUGGUGGCUCUGAAGGAGCUGUCCAUCCGAGGGGACUUCAGGACCACUGUGGAAUACUUGAUCAAGCUGCUGGAGACAGAGAGCUUCCAGCAGAACCGCAUCGACACGGGCUGGCUGGACCGGCUCAUCGCCGAGAAAGUGCAGGCUGAGAGGCCUGACACCAUGCUGGGGGUGGUGUGUGGGGCCCUGCACGUGGCUGACGUGAGCUUCCGAAACAGCGUCUCCAACUUCCUGCACUCCCUGGAAAGGGGCCAAGUCCUCCCUGCUCACACUCUGCUCAACACGGUGGACGUGGAGCUCAUCUACGAGGGACGGAAGUACGUGCUGAAGGUGACCAGGCAGUCUCCCAAUUGCUACGUGGUGAUCAUGAACAGCUCCUGCGUGGAGGUCGACGUGCACCGCCUGAGUGACGGGGGGCUGCUCCUCUCCUACGACGGCAGCAGCUACACCACCUACAUGAAAGAAGAAGUGGACAGGUACCGCAUCACCAUUGGGAACAAGACCUGUGUGUUUGAGAAGGAGAAUGAUCCCUCCAUCCUGCGCUCGCCUUCUGCUGGGAAGCUGAUCCAGUAUGUGGUGGAGGACGGGGGACACGUGUUUGCAGGCCAGUGCUUUGCAGAAAUCGAGGUGAUGAAAAUGGUGAUGACGAUAACAGCAGGAGAAUCAGGCUGCAUCCACUAUGUCAAACGCCCAGGGGCAGUCCUGGAUCCCGGCUGUGUGAUUGCCAAGCUGCAGCUGGAUGAUCCCAGCAGGGUUCAGCAGGCUGAGCUGCACACGGGCACCCUGCCCCAGAUCCAGAGCACAGCCCUGCGGGGCGAGAAGCUGCACCGCAUCUUCCACUACGUGCUGGACAACCUGGUCAACGUGAUGAAUGGCUACUGCCUGCCAGAGCCCUUCUUCAGCAGCAAGGUGAAGGGCUGGGUUGAGCGAUUGAUGAAGACCCUGAGGGAUCCAUCUUUGCCCCUGCUGGAACUUCAGGACAUCAUGACCAGUGUUUCUGGGAGGAUCCCCCCCAAUGUGGAGAAGUCCAUCAAGAAGGAGAUGGCCCAGUAUGCCAGCAACAUCACCUCGGUCCUCUGCCAGUUUCCCAGCCAACAGAUUGCCAACAUCCUGGACAGCCACGCGGCCACCCUGAACCGCAAGUCGGAGCGCGAGGUUUUCUUCAUGAACACGCAGAGCAUCGUGCAGCUCGUGCAGAGGUACCGCAGUGGCAUUCGGGGCCACAUGAAGGCCGUGGUGAUGGAUCUGCUCCGGCAGUACCUGAAGGUGGAGACUCAGUUCCAGCACGGUCACUAUGACAAGUGUGUCUUCACCCUUCGUGAGGAGAACAAGAGUGACAUGAACGCGGUGCUGAACUACAUCUUCUCCCACGCCCAGGUCACCAAGAAGAACCUGCUGGUCACAAUGCUCAUUGACCAGCUCUGUGGCCGUGACCCCACCUUGACAGACGAGCUGAUCAAUAUCCUGACAGAGCUGACCCAGCUCAGCAAGACGACCAACGCCAAGGUGGCCCUGCGAGCGCGGCAGGUUCUCAUUGCUUCCCACCUGCCCUCCUACGAGCUGCGUCACAACCAGGUGGAGUCCAUCUUCCUGUCGGCCAUCGACAUGUACGGCCACCAGUUCUGCAUCGAGAACCUGCAGAAACUCAUUUUGUCUGAGACGUCCAUCUUUGAUGUGCUUCCCAACUUUUUCUACCACAGUAACCAGGUGGUAAGAAUGGCAGCUUUGGAGGUGUACGUGAGGAGAGCCUACAUUGCCUACGAGCUGAACAGCGUCCAGCACCGCCAGCUGAAGGACAACACCUGCGUGGUGGAGUUCCAGUUCAUGCUGCCCACCUCCCACCCCAACAGAGGGAACAUCCCCACGCUGAACAGGAUGUCCUUCUCCUCCAACCUCAAUCAUUAUGGGAUGGCUCACGUGGCCAGCGUCAGUGAUGUGCUGCUGGACAACUCCUUCACGCCGCCGUGCCAGCGCAUGGGGGGCAUGGUCUCCUUCCGCACCUUCGAGGACUUCGUCAGGAUCUUUGAUGAAGUCAUGGGCUGCUUCUGCGACUCGCCCCCGCAGAGCCCGACGUUCCCCGAGGCCGGCCACGCUUCCCUGUAUGAUGAAGACAAGAGUGCCCGGGAGGAGCCCAUCCACAUCCUCAACGUGGCCAUCAAAACCGACAGCGACGUGGACGACGACGGCCUGGCUGCCAUGUUCAGGGAGUUCACCCAGAGCAAGAAAUCAGUCCUGAUUGAGCAUGGCAUUCGGAGGCUGACUUUCCUUGUAGCACAAAAGGACUUCAGGAAACAGGUCAACUAUGAGGUGGAUCAGAGAUUCCAUAGGGAAUUCCCAAAGUUCUUCACCUUCCGUGCCCGGGAUAAGUUCGAGGAGGACCGGAUCUACCGGCACCUGGAGCCCGCCCUGGCCUUCCAGCUGGAGCUGAACCGCAUGAGGAACUUCGACCUCACGGCCAUCCCCUGUGCCAACCACAAAAUGCACCUCUACCUGGGGGCUGCCAAGGUGGAGGUGGGCACAGAGGUCACAGACUACAGGUUCUUCGUCAGGGCCAUCAUAAGGCACUCGGACCUGGUGACCAAGGAAGCCUCCUUUGAGUACCUGCAGAACGAGGGCGAGCGUUUGCUGCUGGAGGCCAUGGACGAGCUGGAGGUGGCCUUCAACAACACCAACGUGCGCACGGACUGCAACCACAUCUUCCUCAACUUCGUGCCCACCGUCAUCAUGGACCCCUCCAAGAUCGAGGAGUCGGUGCGCUCCAUGGUGAUGCGCUACGGCAGCCGCCUCUGGAAGCUGCGUGUGCUGCAGGCCGAGCUGAAGAUCAACAUCCGCCUGACGCCCACGGGGAAGGCCAUCCCCAUCCGCCUCUUCCUCACCAACGAGUCGGGCUACUACCUGGACAUCAGCCUCUACAAGGAGGUGACGGACUCCAGAACGGGACAGAUCAUGUUCCAGGCCUACGGAGAUAAGCAGGGACCACUCCACGGGAUGCUGAUCAACACUCCCUACGUGACCAAAGACCUGCUGCAGUCCAAGAGGUUCCAGGCACAGACUUUAGGGACAUCCUAUGUCUAUGACAUUCCUGAGAUGUUCAGGCAGUCUCUGAUCAAGCUGUGGAACUCCAUGAACGAGCACGCCUUCCUGCCGCCGGCGCCGCUGCCCUCGGACAUCCUGACCUACACGGAGCUGGUGCUGGAUGACCAGGGCCAGCUCGUGCACAUGAACAGGCUGCCAGGAGGAAACGAGAUUGGGAUGGUGGCCUGGAAGAUGACCCUGAAGACCCCGGAGUACCCGGAGGGCCGGGACAUCAUUGUCAUUGGCAAUGACAUCACCUACAAAAUCGGCUCCUUCGGGCCCCAGGAGGACGUGCUGUUCCUCAGGGCCUCCGAGCUGGCCCGGGCUCAGGGCAUCCCCCGCGUCUACGUGGCUGCCAACAGCGGGGCCAGGAUCGGCCUGGCCGAGGAGAUCCGCCACAUGUUCCACGUGGCUUGGGAGGACCCUGACAACCCCUACAAGGGAUACAAAUACCUGUACCUGACUCCUCAAGACUAUAAGAAAGUCAGUGCCCUGAACUCUGUUCACUGUGAGCACGUGGAGGAAAAUGGAGAGUCCAGGUACAAGAUAACGGAUAUUAUCGGGAAGGAGGACGGGCUUGGAGUAGAGAACCUCAGAGCAUCUGGCAUGAUUGCUGGAGAAUCAUCUUUAGCCUAUGAUAGUGUUAUCACCAUCAGCUUGGUCACGUGUCGGGCAAUUGGGAUCGGGGCCUACAUCGUCCGGCUGGGCCAGAGGACCAUCCAGGUGGAGAACUCCCACAUCAUCCUCACUGGCUGCGGGGCCCUCAACAAGGUGCUUGGACGGGAAGUUUACACCUCCAACAACCAGCUGGGAGGGAUCCAGAUCAUGCACAACAACGGGGUGACACACGACACCGUGUGUGAUGACUUUGAAGGAGUCUACACCAUCCUGCAGUGGCUUUCCUACAUGCCAAAGAAUAUCCACAGCCCUGUGCCCAUCCUGAAAGCCAAGGAUCCCAUAGACAGAACCAUUGACUUCGUUCCCACCAAGACCCCCUACGACCCUCGCUGGAUGCUGGCUGGACGCCCCAACCCAAAUCAGAAAGGGCAGUGGCAGAGUGGGUUCUUCGACCAUGGCUCGUUCAUGGAGAUCAUGCAGCCCUGGGCACAGACAGUCGUGGUGGGGAGAGCAAGGCUGGGAGGAAUACCUGUAGGAGUGGUUGCCGUGGAAACGAGGACGGUGGAGCUCAGCAUUCCUGCUGAUCCUGCAAACCUGGACUCGGAGGCCAAGAUAAUCCAGCAGGCCGGGCAGGUGUGGUUCCCUGACUCUGCCUUCAAAACAGCCGAGGCAAUCAAGGACUUCAACAGGGAAGGGCUGCCCCUGAUGGUCUUUGCCAACUGGAGAGGCUUCUCUGGGGGAAUGAAAGACAUGUAUGACCAGGUGCUGAAGUUCGGGGCCUACAUCGUGGACGGCCUGCGCGAGUACCGGCAGCCCGUGCUCAUCUACAUCCCGCCGCAGGGCGAGCUGCGCGGCGGCUCCUGGGUGGUCAUCGACCCCACCAUCAACCCCAGGCACAUGGAGAUGUACGCUGACAGGGACAGCAGAGGGGGGAUCCUGGAGCCGGAGGGGACGGUGGAGAUCCGCUUCCGCAGGAAGGACCUGGUGAAGACGAUGCGCAGGGUGGACCCGGUGUACAUCCGCCUGGCCGAGCGCCUGGGCACCCCCGAGCUGAGCCCGGCUGACAGGAAGGAGCUGGAGGCCAAGCUGAAGGAGCGGGAGGAGUUCCUGGUGCCCAUGUACCAGCAGGUGGCCAUGCAGUUCGCUGACCUGCACGACACCCCCGGCAGGAUGCAGGAGAAAGGGGCCAUCACCGAUGUCCUGGACUGGAAGACCUCCCGGACGUUCUUCUACUGGCGGCUGCGGCGGCUGCUGCUGGAGGAGGCCGUGAAGAGCAAGAUCCACGAGGCCAACCCCGAGCUGACGGACGGGCAGAUCCAGGCCAUGCUGCGCCGCUGGUUCGUCGAGGUGGAGGGCACGGUCAAGGGCUACCUGUGGGACAGCAACAAGGACCUGGUGGAGUGGCUGGAGAAGCAGCUGACGGAGGAGGAGGGCGUUCGCUCGGUGGUGGAGGAGAACAUCAAAUACAUCUCCAGGGAUUACGUGCUCAAGCAGAUCCGGAGCCUGGUCCAGGCCAACCCCGAGGUUGCCAUGGAUUCCAUCGUGCACAUGACCCAGCACAUCUCCCCCACGCAGCGCGCCGAGGUCGUGCGGAUCCUCUCCACAAUGGACUCGCCCUCUUCCACGUAAGAGCCUCGGCUGCUCGGUGCCCCUGGAGCCGGGAACUGCCCUCGGCCUGCUCGGCCCCGUGCCGGGGAGGCUCCGGGAGCGCUGCUGCAGGGACAGUUGUAUUCCUUCAAAUCAGGCUGGCCAGAGGAAGCGUGUCCUUUGGCCAGGCACGCGAGGAACACGCAUAAACACAAGCGCCUGCGGAACCGAGUCCCCGCUGUGCUCCUGUACCUUAUUUAUUGACCAGAGCGGGGCUGGGCGCUCCGUACCGCGAGGCCUUGGCGUGGCAGGGCCUGCAGGGACACCCCUGUCCUUCCAGGGACACCCCUGUCCCUGCAGGGACACCCUGCCCCUGCAGGGACACCCUGCCCUCCUCUCCUCUCCUCCCCGUGCCCGGCAGCGGCAGCUCCGUGCUGACAAGUGCCAACGUCCCCCCGUCCCCUCCGCGGGGACCCCGCAGCCCCUGGCUCUGUCUCUGGUGAUUCGUGUGUCACCCUCUGUCAGUGGUGAUUUGAUUUGUGUGCCCCGCGUCCGUCUCGUCUCCUAGGUAGAGGAAAACCAGCCUUUAGCUGCUGUGGCCAGGGCUGUCCCCGUGCCCCCAGGAGGCUCCCAGGCUCCCCAGGGCUGUGCAGGUUUUUGGGGGGCAGGAUUUUGGGGGCUGAACCCCUGUCGCUUUGCCUUUGUGCCCAAUUCCUUUAGAGCAGGCUGUGAAUUUUGUGGAAGGCCCUUCUGGGAGGAGGCACAAGAGACCAAAGUGCAGCUGCUCAGCCUUUCUGCUCUCCCUUGGCUGCCGUUUCCAGGGCUGAGGGUGGGAUCCUUCCAGGGCGCUGUGGAUCCCUGGUGGGAGUGCUCAUCCCUUCCCCGUGGGCAGCGGGAGGCAGGUCCAGGAGCUGAGGUGAGGCAGGAGAAAGGACAGAGCCAAAUCCCCCCGUGGGGCUGGAGCUGCAGAAGGAAAUCUGUCUGAGGAUCUGAGGAGAGCUUUCUCCACCAUCCUGCCCUGUCCCAGAGCUGCCUGGCCGUGGCUGGGGAGGAGCCACUCCUACCUGGGAAUGUGGGAAAAUGUUGGAUUUGGACUCUCAGUGCAGUGGCCAGGAAGGAUUGGGUGGCAGGUGAGUGCAGGAAGGGGUGGCAGCUGCCCAGGUCCCCCCAGGCUAGCCCAGAUGCCCAACUUCUUUCUACAGGUUUUUUAUGUAACAAAAGCUCAGAGAAGCUGCAGUGCUGGAGGGAAGCACAGCCCAGCCCUCACACACAGCUCCUGUGCAGAGCUGGGUCUGGGCUCUCCCGGGCUCACCAGUGAUGGUCCUGGAAAGAAUUUCAGCUUUUGCAGCCCCUCCUUCAGUCCAGCAGGAAGGGCUGCAGGUCAGGAGUACGGUACAUCAGAAGGGCUGUUCACGAGAGAAUCAAUCCAUGCUGCUGCCAGUGCCUCUCUCCUCUCCCUGUUUCCUCCCGAAGUGCAAUGCAGCCCUUCUGCCUGUGCUGCCAGUGACUGGAGGUGCCAGCCCGGGGUCGCUGCUCCCCUGCCCGUGGCCAGCAGAGCUCGGCCACCUGCAGGAUUUGCUUUUUCUUAAUAGUUAAGAACCCUAAUUUGAUUGAAGAGAUUUUUUUUUUCCACUAGAGCCCCCUGAACAAGCCCCAAAGAUGCUUUUGCUUACGCCAGGGUGGGCUGCAGCAGGACACACAGAGAAUGUGUCAGCCAGGCAGGACCGGGACCUGUGGGGCUCCUCCCUGGUCACCGGGAUCCCCCCCGGUGGUGUCACCAGAGUCCCUUUUCCAGGACAGCUGCAGGUGCAGCGGGAGGUGUCCCUGUGCCCACUCUGCACAGCCUCGUGCAGAGCAGCCCCCGUUUCAGUGUUACAGCACCGGCUCGGCCUCGCUUCAUCCGGGGGUAAAGCAGCUCCAAAAAAAUCUGUUGGGUGACAUCGGGGUCUGGCACUGGCCCUGGGGGCUCUGGGCCAGCUGGGGCCCUGUGGCAGCAGCACCUGCGAUGUCCCCAGGUGUGUGGGGGUCACCGUGUGGGGGAAACCCCCUGGGUACGAACGGUUCUCGCUGGUGCUGAAGUAUUUCACUUACCUCAAUUUCUUUUAAUAAAAAGAAUGAAUUACA